AUGCCCGGAAAGAUAGCGAUCUACUGUGCGGGAGUUGUCUUCAACACCGCUGUUCUGCAUCACCAACAAGCCAUCAAGACUGGAAACUCGGCAUCCCUAGAUCGAGCAGCCAAGCUAUAUGAAGCAAGUCUUCAUCUCGUUGGGCAGCACGUUCAUGCAGAUUGCAACAACACCGUCUCACUUAUUGCCAUGGCCGCCAGCAAUAACUUGGCUCAAAUUGAGUUGGAGAAAGGGCUCGUGGAACAAGCAUGCAGUAGGCUACAAGUUCUUCAGACUGUUAUUCAGUCUUUGCGACCCGUCAUUAUUCAGAUCUUAACCAUGAGUGAAUUUCAAGGCAUGCUAUCAAAUAUUUUACUUGCAGAAGGUGUGACUACGUCACCAGCUGCCUAA